GCCAUGGAGCCCGGCCGCGGCGGCACCGAGAUCGUGGGCAAGUUCGAGUUCUCGCGCAAGGACCUGAUCGGGCACGGCGCCUUCGCCGUGGUCUUCAAGGGCCGCCACCGCGAGAAGCACGAUCUGGAGGUCGCGGUCAAGUGCAUUAAUAAGAAGAACCUCGCCAAGUCCCAGACGCUGCUGGGGAAGGAGAUCAAGAUCCUGAAGGAACUGAAACAUGAAAAUAUCGUGGCGUUGUAUGACUUCCAGGAAAUGGCCAAUUCCGUGUACCUGGUCAUGGAGUACUGUAACGGCGGGGACCUGGCCGACUACCUGCACACCAUGCGCACGCUGAGCGAGGACACCAUCAGGCUCUUCCUGCAGCAGAUCGCCGGCGCCAUGCGGCUGCUGCACAGCAAGGGCAUCAUCCACCGCGACCUGAAGCCGCAGAACAUCCUGCUGUCCAACCCCGGCGGGCGCCGCGCCAACCCCAACAACAUCCGCGUCAAGAUCGCCGACUUCGGGUUCGCGCGGUACCUGCAGAGCAACAUGAUGGCGGCCACGCUCUGCGGCUCCCCCAUGUACAUGGCUCCCGAGGUCAUCAUGUCCCAGCACUACGACGGGAAGGCGGACCUGUGGAGCAUCGGCACCAUCGUCUACCAGUGCCUGACGGGCAAGGCGCCCUUCCAGGCCAGCAGCCCCCAGGACCUCCGCCUGUUCUACGAGAAGAACAAGACGCUGGUCCCCACCAUCCCACGGGAGACCUCGGCCCCCCUGAGGCAGCUGCUCCUGGCCCUGCUGCAGCGCAACCACAAAGACCGCAUGGACUUCGAUGAGUUUUUCCACCACCCGUUCCUCGAGGCCAGCCCCUCGGUCAAGAAGUCCCCGCCGGUGCCUGUGCCCUCCCGCCCCAGCUCGGGCUCCGGCAGCAGCUCCAGCAGCAGCUCCACGUCCCACCUGGCCUCCCCGCCGUCCCUGGGGGAGAUGCAGCAGCUGCAGAAGACCCUGACCUCCCCUGCCGAUGCCGCCGGCUUCCUGCAUGGCUCCCGGGACUCGGGUGGCAGCAAGGACUCCUCCUGUGACACGGAUGACUUCGUCAUGGUCCCGGCCCAGUUUCCAGGUGACCUGGUGGCCGAGGUGGCCGGUGCCAAGCCUCCGCCGGACAGCCUCAUGUGCAGCGGGAGCUCGCUGGUGGCCUCUGCUGGCCUGGAGAGCCACGGCCGGACCCCGUCCCCAUCCCCACCCUGCAGCAGCUCCCCCAGCCCCUCAGGCCGGGCCGGCCCGUUCUCCAGCAGCAGGUAUGGCGCCUCCGUGCCCAUCCCGGUGCCCACGCAGGUGCAGAACUACCAGCGCAUCGAGCAGAACCUGCAGUCGCCCGCCCAGUACCAGACACCCCGGUCCUCCGCCAUCCGCAGGUCGGGCAGCACCAGCCCCCUGGGCUUCGCCCGGGCCAGCCCGUCGCCCCCAGCGCCCGUGGAACCCGGAGCCGUGCUGGCCAGGAAGUCGUCCUUGGGCGGGGGCCGGCCGUACACGCCGUCUCCCCAAGGUGAGCUGGGGGUGGGGCGCGAGGUGGUGCCCUGUCCCGGGCUGACGCUGGCCUUUCUCCCCCAAGUCGGGACCAUCCCCGAGCGGCCGGGCUGGAGCGGGUCGCCCUCCCUGCAAGGAGCCGAGACGCGGCCUGGCAGGUCCCCCCGUGCAGGCUCCUCUGCGCCCGAGCACUCUCCCCGCUCCUCCGGCCUGGGCUGCCGCCUGCACAGCGCCCCCAACCUGUCCGACCUGCACGUCGUCCGCCCCAAGCUGCCCAAGCCUCCCACGGACCCGCUGGGAGCCGUGCUCAGCCCCCCGCAGGCCAGCCCUCCCCAGCCGUCCCACGGGCUGCCGUCCUGCCGGCCCCUGCGCGGCUCGCCCAAGCUGCCCGACUUCCUGCAGCGGAACCCCCUGCCUCCCAUCCUGGGCUCCCCGACCAAGGCUGUGCCCGUGGUCGACUUCCCCAAGACCCCCAGCUCCCAGAAUCUGCUGACCCUGCUGGCCCGGCAGGGCGUGGUGGUGACACCACCCCGGAACCGGACGCUGCCCGACCUCUCGGACAUGGGGCCCUUCCAGGGACAGCAGCUGGGCUCCGGCCUGCGGCCCAGUGAGGACAGCAAGGGCCCCUUUGGCCGGUCCUUCAGCACCAGCCGCCUCACAGACCUGCUCCUGAAGGCCGCGUUUGGGACGCAGGCCCCCGACUCGGGCAGCACGGACAGCCUGCAGGAGAAGCCCAUGGAGAUCGCGCCCUCUGCUGGCUUCGGAGGGAGCCUGCACCCGGGAGCCUGCGCAGGGGGCGCCAGCAGCCCCUCCCCGGUGGUCUUCACCGUGGGCUCUCCCCCCAGCGGGACCACGCCGCCCCAGGGCCCCCGCACCAGGAUGUUUUCAGUGGGCUCCUCAGGCUCCUCCUCCGCCCGCCACCUGGUGCCCGGCGCCUGCGGCGAGGCCGUCCCCGAGCUCCCCGGCCACUGCUGCACCUUUGCCGACCCCAUCGCCGCCAACCUGGAGGGGGCUGUGACCUUCGAGGCCCCUGACCUCCCCGAGGAGACCCUCAUGGAGCAAGAGCACACGGAGACCCUGCACAGCCUGCGCUGCACGCUCCUGUUCGCGCAGCACGUCCUGGAGAUCGCGGCCCUGAAGGGCAGCGCCGGCGAGGCGGCCGGCGGCCCCGAGUACCAGCUGCAGGAGAGCGUGGUGGCCGACCAGAUCAGCCUGCUGAGCCGCGAGUGGGGCUUCGCGGAGCAGCUGGUGCUGUACCUGAAGGUGGCCGAGCUGCUGUCCUCGGGCCUGCAGACGGCUAUCGACCAGAUCCGGGCUGGCAAGCUGUGCCUGUCGUCCACCGUGAAGCAGGUGGUGCGCAGGCUGAACGAGCUGUACAAGGCCAGCGUGGUGUCCUGCCAGGGCCUGAGCCUGCGGCUGCAGCGCUUCUUCCUGGACAAGCAGCGGCUCCUGGACCGCGUCCACAGCAUCACUGCUGAGAAGCUCAUCUUCAGCCACGCCGUGCAGAUGGUGCAGUCGGCCGCCCUGGACGAGAUGUUCCAGCACCGAGAGAGCUGCGUGCCGCGCUACCACAAGGCCCUGCUGCUCCUGGAGGGGCUGCAGCACAUGCUCUCGGACCAGGCAGACAUCGAGAACGUCGCCAAGUGCAAACUGUGCAUCGAGCGCAGACUCUCCGCCCUGCUGACCGGCAUCUGUGCCUGACCUCGGCGCUGGCCUGCUGUGCCCCAGGGGUCAGCGUGCUGGCCGGACGUCGCUGGUGGCCAGUGCUGAGCCUCCCUGCGGGACACCGAGUGGAGCCACGCAGCUCCCGCCCCCUGGGCUUCCGGCUGUGGCGGGCGUGGACUGCAGGAUGCUGGGUCGGCCACUCCCCGCACGCGGGAGUCUCAGAACUUGUCCGCUCCAGCUGCCUCACGGCAGCCGCCGGUGCCAAGAGGUGGCAGGUAUACCUGGGCGCCCACCACCUCGGGAGACCCAGGGCCGCCCGCAAGGAUGGGCAAGGCCCCGAGACAGCGUUGCCGACUCAAAGCCAAAGCAAGCUUUUCCUCACGGCCAGACCUGCCCAGUCGCCGCCAGGAAGAGGUGCAGCCUCCUGGCCUCUCCCCCAGGAACCUCUCUGAGACCACCCACCCAGCUUUGCAAACCACGAGCACUUUAUGCAGUUAGAGACUUGAGCCUCGGCGUCCUCUCUGGCCUCCGGGAGGUGACUCCUGGAGGUCGAACCGAGGCGACUGUGCAUAUCCACAUACGUGUACACAGCUGUAGAUAGCCCCGAGCGUGUGGCGUGUGCGAGUGGUGCGCUGGGCGUGUCCAGCGCGCGUGUGUGGACCUUGGGAGGAAAGCGGGCUCCGUGUGGUGGGGCCACGGCCCGGAGGGGAGGCACGGUCCCCUUGCUCAGAUGUUCGUUUAGGGACAGACAGCGGGACGCUCCGUGCUUCUAAACCCGGAACAGACGUCGUCAUCUUUCACACUUUACUCCUGAAACGUGUCUUAUUUUCAUGCAGCUCAUCUUUUCUUUAAAGGAGAAAACUCGUAGGUAUUUCAGAAAUGGUUUUGGAGGCAGAUGGUGCUGGGGUGGGUGGCGAGGCCCCUUUCCAGGCUGCUGGGUGCGCCCGGCUCUCUGUCCCCCGCCGUCCUGCCCCGUCCUGGCAGCCGGGGUGGGGGGCGUGUGCCCAGCAGCCGUCCGGCCUGAGCAUGGGCCAGCAAGGACGGCACACGUGGGAGGCAAGUCACGUGUGUAGCCCCAGCCAGCAUCCCGGGCGGGGGGCGCAGGGGCUCCUCUCCGCACUGGGGCUGGUGUGGUCCCGUCCCUCCCAGCCGCGUCCCAGCAGCCGCCACGGGGUGGGGAGAGGCCACCCGGCCUGCCCACUUCUACUUGAAUGUAUCCCCAGGGGGCUGCGGGAGGCACGCUGGGUCCCGCACCAGGGCGAGGGGCUCAAAGGUCAUACGCCACACACACAGACGGGACACACGUGUUUUUCUUUGCAAUACUUGAAAUAUUGCCACUGUGCUUGGACUUAAAAUAGAAAACUACCCCAACUUGUUUCUUUUCUCAUCACUCGAUGACUUUAUUUUUACCUGGCUGCACGUGACAUGUUCGUAUUUAUUACUUUAUGGCCGACUGGAAUCUGGAGCCGCCGGGGAGGCUGGCGCUGCGGGAGGGGCUGCGCCACUUCCUGGGCCCUUGUUGCUUCUGUCGCGGCCGUGUGAGCCCCGCGUGUGCGUGAGUCGGAGCCUCCUGGUUGUGUGUUCUCCACGAGAGACCCUUUGUCUAUUUUAAAACGAAUUCUGUGUGAUCUCCCCUUUUGCGUUACAUUGUGUAACGUCAAUUUAAGGAAAUAAACCUUUGGAAU